UCCUCCUCCUCCUCCUCCUCCUAGCCGGGGCGAAGACCGCUCUCGCCCCUGUCCUUUGCCUCUCGUUUUGUUGGUGAAGAUAUAACAGUGAUGUCUGCAUUCAACCUACUGCAUUUGGUGACAAAGAGCCAGCCAGGGUCCUUGCAAGCCUGUGGGCUCCCCUCAGGUUCACGUAGGGAUAAGAGGAGCUGUAAGGUGGUCUUUUCCCAAGAGGAACUAAGGAAGCGCCUGACACCCCUGCAGUACCAUGUCACUCAGGAGAAAGGGACGGAAAGUGCCUUCGAAGGAGAAUUCACACAUCACAAAGCCCCCGGCACAUAUAAGUGUGUCGUUUGUGGAACUCCUUUAUUCAAAUCAGAAACCAAAUUUGACUCCGGUUCAGGGUGGCCUUCCUUCUAUGACGUGAUCGGCUCUGAUGCAAUUACACUCACUGAUGACUUCUCCUAUGGAAUGCAUAGGGUGGAAACAAGCUGUUCUCAGUGCGGUGCUCACCUGGGGCACAUCUUCGAAGACGGCCCUCGUCCGACCGGCAAAAGAUAUUGCAUAAAUUCAGCUUCAUUGUCCUUCACGGCCGUGGAAGAGAACAUCAGCCAAGAAAACGGCGGUGGAGACAGCCCUAUUCAGCCAGGCAAAAGUGAGCUGUAAGAACAAGCAGAAGACCGAGCAGAUGUUCUUACCACAUGGCUUAGUAGAAAAAAAAUUAAAUCACCUGCUAUCUUAUUACAUCAUUUAAAAAAAAUUAUAAGGGAAGUUUGUCACUAUUGAGGUUUUCUUUUUUUUUUUUUCUUUGCUUAAAUGGAGGCUUGGCUGACAGUGUAUUUUGCUGUUGAUUAGAAUUUUAGCCAGUUAUGAGAAACACAGAUUUUGUUGGGGGAAAUGGUUUUAUGGAGAAACAGCACCAUUUGUUUUAACCUGGGACAUUCGCUCCUUUUACCGAUUUGUUCUCCUUGCUUAGUGACAGGGGCCAUUUGGUCUGCAAAGGGUAAAAUCAGGAUCUCCUCCCCCUUAGGCUGUGAGCUCCAUAAGGGAUACCCUUUUAUCCUGUAUCUACCCCAGUGCUUAGUACAGAGCUUGUCCCCAGUUAGUGCUUGAAAAAUACCACCAUUAUGACUUCUUAUUAUGUCCAAAGUCAGUGCUGUUGGAGGGGACAGAGCAGAGAAAAUGAACUCAUUCUGUCUGAGCAGGAGGUGGCCUUUGACAGCAGUGAAUUUGUUUUAAGCCAUAGUCGAUAAAGAUUUGGAAUUUCUGACCAAACCUCUGGGCUUUGUGGAAAGCUCACGCUAAAGCAUUCAUGCUCUAAGGGUGUGAAUGUUUAAAGUCUUUCCUGAUGUUAAUCGGCUACCAGAUCUGGGUGGGGGAAGGGAGAGCAGCAGUUCCUCCCAUUCAUGCCUUUAUUUUAUUUUAUUUUAUUAUUGUAUUUUAUUCUAUUCAUUUUCCAUUGAGGAAAGAGACAACGACCUUGCAAAAUGUGGAGAUGCCUUUUGCACAGGGUUUGCCAGAAGAGCCCAUUGUUGAGUAGGGACCGUCUCUAUAUGUUGCCGACUUGUACUUCCCAAGCACUUAGUACAGUGCU